AUGCAUUCACAUCUCCAUACAAAGGACAAUGUUGGCUGCGAAGAGAUCAUGAGUGCACUCGACGAAUGCCAUGCUCGCGGUUUCCUUUACAAAGCCGUGGGAGGUUGCAACGACAUCAAACGAGAGGUCAACAAAUGUCUAUCAGGCGAGCGCCAGAAGAAGAGCACGAGAAAUAGGGAGACAAGUUUAGAGCGGAGAGCAAGGAUAGAAAGUGUGUGGGCGAAGAUGGAUGAAGGGGACUAUUCGGCCCUGGAGAAAUUCACAAAGCCCAAC